UGUUGGACGUCGGGCUUUUAUUGAAUUAUUUUGUAAAAACAUAAAAAUAAUAUAUAAAUCUGUGAUCAGUUUACAUUUUCUACUAUUUAUUCAAUGAAUUAGGAGUGAAAUGUUGUAGUUAAAAUUUAGUACGUGUUGGGAUACGGGAGGAAAUCGCUCAAGAUGGCUAAGGAGAUGAUGAUAGUGUUUGUGUACGACACACAGUGCUGCACAGCCGAGGAAGAUGACCCCAUCGAUGCCGUGCUCUACUUCCAUCCUGGGUGGGUCUCCGACACGCAGCGGCAUGCACUCGCUGGACAGGUAGUGGGCACAGCUCACUGCGUCAAGUCACUCUUCUCACAGCCUGUUGCCAUCACACUGCAGAGCGGCAAGUUUAUCAUACGAGAGUACGGCAGAUAUAUACUGGCGAUAGGCAGCGACCGCAAUAUCCCGGACUGGGUGCUCAAGAACCGCGCCAGCCUGCUCACCUCCAUGAUACGAGUGUACCAUGGCGACCUACACGCGCUCGCAGCUUCCCUCGACAAGUCCAAGAAACUGUCGGACAAACUUUAUCAGGUAUUCGAGACAUACCUACCGGUGUUGCAGUAUGGGGCGCACAUCUUCCAGCGAGUGCCCAUGCUCAGUCUACCCAAGAGUGCGACAUCUGUGUACAUGGAGUCGAUGCAGGUACUCGAGCAGUGUCGGAAAAGCAAAGGCGUACUCGGAGGGGUUAUCCUCUACAACAAUAAGAUAAUCGCUACCCAGCUGCCUCCAAGCCUGACAUCUUACCUCUCAGUAGUGGACCCGUACCGUAUAUUGUCCCCGGCGGAGAGCCUGCAGCCCCCCACCCCGCUGCCGCUGGGCGCGCAGCUGCUGCUCGUGUACGUCUCACACAAGCACUACCACACCCUCAGCAAGGAGGCCAGCACGCUGCACCGCUUCUACACCGCCGGCCCAGACAUGCUCAACACGGUUAAAAAGAACCAAGAAGCGGAACGCGAAAAGCUACGCGAGUUUCCCCAAUCAGGGAUGAAAAGAGACAAAUCAUUGCUGUUCACCGCCGUGCCAGAAGAGGACCACACGAUGAUCUCACCACCGAGCCGCGAGCAGCCAUCUGAAAACCGCAAACCCAGCAUGCCCGAUGUUGUGCCCUUCACCAACAAACCACGCCAACGACCUAAUAAAUUGAGUUUCAAGAACCAACAGUCUCUUGAAGAAGAGGCUAAGGAAAAUGAGAAAGUUUUUACAGGCCAAACCAGCGUCUGCUCAACCCCCAUGGUCGAGUACAAGCGCCUCCACGGCAACAUGCUGUCCAUCUGCCAGAACCCUGACAACCAGAAAGCAGAAGAACCAAUCGAACCAGACGUCCUGAAAAACAUCGAAAACUGUGCCAAAUUGAACUUGGAGAACGAGAAACGAGACAACAAAAUCGUCUUGGACAUGAACUGCAUCGCAGAACAUUACAUCAACAAGCCUGAACCUAUGAGAAAGCUGGCAAGCGUCACUGAUAUCCAAGAAACUUUCAAACGUAUUUCCAAUAGAGCUACUUCGAAGUUCAAAUUAAAACGUGCGGAAACCCCUACAGAAUCACCGGAGAAAGAACGACAUAAGAUGACCACUAUGACAAUAAGCGACCCAUACUUCCCAGUGUUUAGAAACGACGGCGUCGCGAUAUCCGAAUCUCUCUUCAACCAAUACUUAGAGCAGCAUUACAACAAGAUGAAGCAGGAAAAAGAAGAGAACAUGUUCACUUUCAACAUGAAACUGUGUGAACUUGACACUUUUAAGGACUUCGAUUCAGAGUUGGCGAAAUCACCUCAAAGAACUCCGAAGAAGAUUGCGAAGGAUUCGACAAAGACGAUAACAAGUGAUCAGUCGCGACGGAAAGGUCUUUCGUUGCCUCUGAAGUCUUUGAACGAGAAUUCCGAUUCUCAGAUAGGAUCUGAAUCCGAGUCUACGAGCUUCAAGAAAAAGUUGACUGGGGUUCAACUGACGCCGUUGAUGGAGAAACUGAGUCAUCUGGCGUUCUCUGACAAGUCUAGUGGCUACAGCAGUCGAGUGAUGACGCCCCUGGAACUUAGGGAGUUUAUGACGCCUGUCACUGAGCGACAAGUCACUUUCUCUGAUAGGCCAAAAACCCAGCGCCACGAUUCAGAGAGCGAUUCUGACAGCGAGGACCUGGAUAUCCUCCCGGAGUACAGUCAACACGCUGUCAAGUGUGCCCUCUUCGUGAGUGGGAUGCAUAACAUGGCGCUCUUGGCCUUGCUGGAUCUCGACGCUGCUAAUGAUGCAGACACUAUCAACGCCUUGUGGGAAACCUCCCUGAACGCUCUGGGUCCGAUCGAGCAGAAGUGUAUGGAGCCUCUCCCGGCGGGCACCGAGCCCACUGACUACAGCUAUUUGACCCUCGAUCCGGAUUGGGGCACUGUGAAGAAAGGAGGGCCGUGGGCUGCGCUCGAUAUAGCCACUAUGGGCCUCAUACACCACCAGUUUGCUGAGGAUCCAGAGCUUUCUGAAGUUAUUCUACGGAGCGACGAGAGCGUGGUGCUGGGCGUGUCGGUGGGCGGCGCGCAGGUGUACUACCAGGAGGCGGGCGCGCGCGCCGCGGGCCCGCCCGCGCCGUCCGACGCGCUGGCCGCCGCGCCGCUGCGCGCGCGCCGCCGCCUGCACCGCGACCACGCCGUGCUGCUGCUGUGAGCCGCACGCGACCCAGCGGCUGACACGAGCCGAAUUGACCAAUCACGGCGCGCGUUACAGAAAGAGAAUACAUUCUCGACGCUUCUUGUUAGUAAUUGGUUGAUUCCAGCAGAUCUCCGCUUCUAUGGAAACUAAAAAAUGGAAGGGAUUUUCCUCGCGUCUUCGAGUCUAUUACAGUGAUAACUCCUGUAGAGCGUAACGAGCGAAACGUAACAGAAUAAAACGGGGUACUUAUAGUUAUUGUACCUUGUGGUUUGCGGUUAUUAUCAUAAUUAAAACACAUGAUACCGGGUUCUUACCGCGAUAACGCGCGUGAUUUAUUUAUAACACGGUAAGAACCCGGUAUUGUGUGUUAAUUAUUGCGAUAAUAAAUUGUUUUAUUGUACCAUGGAAUAACACAUUUGCACUAUGAGUACUUUUGUCGUGUGAAUUACGAGAUUCCCGUAAUACAGGCUACUAUAUUUAAGUUGAUUGUAGUAGAUAAAACGAAUCUUGACAGGCCAGUCGAUUUUGAAAUCUGGAUAAGUCUGCGACACCAAAACUAGAAGUUAAAAUUAAUUUAUAAUAGUGAUCGAUCACUCAGUGUAUCCGAAGUAGAUGUCUUCUCCCGUAACCCUGUAGCAUCGAAUUUAAUUUGAAAAUAACGUCUAAUAUAAUAACUGUAGUUUUUGUAGUCGAUUUAGAGCUAAGGUAGGUUUGAAUGCUGACACUCGAAGAGUUAGUGUCGUGGCAAAAGUCGGCUAUGUAAAUUUUGAUCCAGUACAUUUUUACUAACGAGAAAAGAAAAUAUUUCUGACACUAAUGUUUUUGCUAGCAAAAGUAAUACGAAUUAUUUAUUUUGAGAGAACACGCUAUUUCAGAUGUACAUAUUUUGCCAAAAUCCACGCCAAUUUUAGGAAAGGAUAAGAUAAUGUACUUGUGGGGAGAAGGAUGUCGAGUGUAAAAAUAUUUAAGUGAAAAAUGAAAACUGUUUUUAAGCAGUUAGUAAGGGAAUAGGAUUGCAAGUUGUAUAUCUUUCGGUGGACAGUCAUGAACAAUAUAAUGUACCCACUUUAGGACUCUGUCGCACUAACAUAUUUGACAUUUUGUGAGACUUACAGUUCAAUGUGACAUGGUACCAAAGUGUAUACAUAUUAAUGCUCGUGACCGGACAUGUGGUGAGUUUUAUUAUGCUCCAAGAGUGUUUUUGAGAAUGUUUUUUUUUCCGACGAUACCGUAGAAUAUAAAAUAGUACUACUUAUAGAACGGUAACUCUCCGCCCCACACCGAUCCGUAUCGGGCGCAGACCUCACCCCCUCUGGGUUUUUAAUCUCAAAUGGCCGUUAGCUGCUCAAGAGGAAACGGGUUUGCGUGCGGGCUGUUUCCAGUUAUUCCCAGUCGCCACCGUAUGGAUUGCCCCCAGGUGGCAAUCGAAAAUAAAAUUUGCACCAAUUCCCAGUUGAGGUGGGGUUGGCGAUCCACGCCGAAAUGUACAGCGACUUGGAUGGGGGGCAAUAGGUUCCCAGUCACCGCCAGGUGGCAACUGGGAAUUGGUGCAAAUAUUGUUCCAGAAUGCUACCUGGAGGCAAUCCACACGGUGGCGACUGGGAAUAACUGGCUGUUUCGCUCGCACUUACGCGUUAGGCGGCACACACGGUAAGAAUGAGGUUUUUGUAUGGUUUCUGGGGUGUAUAAUUAUACUAGUGUACUAGUGUCUUGCAAACGAACGUCAUGUUCGUCUAUCGAAUUACGCUACCAUAGUAGUUUGUCUUUCAAGGACCCGUUACGCCACGUUAGACUUCUAUAGAUAACCUAUAACCGUAGAAAUAGAUACUUUUUACAUAUAUUUUAAUUAAAAACCCAUCUAAUCCAAGUAGACUGCCUAAGAAAUAUAAUAUUAAACUCAUUGAUGAGCCAAAAUUGGAUUAGUAGACAUUUUGAGAGGAUUUUGCUGAGCUUAGUACGAGUAGACUUAACAUUUUUCUUGCUCAUCUAAUCUUGCCAUUAGCUGUAAGUUUCUGCCAGACGUUGUAUUAGUUACUGUGUCGCCGUUAAGCUUAUGAAGCUCUUUGAAGCCGGCCACUUUAUGAAUGCUGGAAAUAUUCCUUGUUAUUGUUUUUAAUAUUAUUUCGCAGUAUUAAUUGUCAUUCCACGUUUAACUAUUUAUAUUCUGUUAAAAUUCUAGCUCUUAAGUGAAGGUACAAAUUCAUCAAAACACGUCCAAAGCCAAAAACUAAAUGGAGAACUAUUAUUAUAUUUUGCCAUUGCUAUAUUAUUUUUAUACUUUGUUUUUUUACCUUUUGUGUAUUUUUAUUGUAUUGUAGAGAUUGUCAAGUUGCCAUAUGGGAUGGAGUGCCAAGACGUGUAUGUGGUAUCUGUUUAUAAAUAAUUAUACAUAGAUAUUGUUAAGAAUUUUAAUAAAACCUGAUAGUGAGAACUUUUGUUAA